AUGAUCCCUGAUUUCCUGUGGCUCGCCGGGAAGGAACCCGGGGCCUGUCUGCUCAAGCGCACGCCGCCCGGGUCGCGCCCAGGUCCGGGCCCAGGUGAGCACCCGAGCGGAGGUCACAGCACGCCUGUCCCCCGGGACCCGCCGCACAGCGAGGACCCAGCCAGGACCCCCGGCCGCUCCCUCCCGCCCGCACUCCAGCCCACGCGCGCCCUCACCGAGCAGGUGCACUGCAGGGCUCCCGGAGCGCAGCCCCCCCGCCCCGGGCGCCUUCCCUUCACCUCCCGGGGGCCCCGCGCUCGCCGUCUCCACGAUCGCGGCCCACAGCCCACGGAGGCGGCGGCCCCGCGUGGACCCGAGGGCUCCGGGCGGCGGCCGCUCCCAGCCGGGGCUCCUCGCGGCCCCCGGCCACGCCCCCGCGCUGCCGCCCGCAGCCUGCGGAGGACGCCGCACUCACCGGCCCGCACUCACCGGCCGCCGCCGCCCCGCCGCCCCGCCGCCCCGCUCAGCCCGCAGCCCGACACACCGCGCGGACGGAACGCGCCGACUGCCCUGCGGACCCGGACGCGCGCGCCGGGGCCGGAAGCGGGCGCCGCGUCGGUCUCCCCGGCGUCCGCGGUUGCCCUGACGACCGUGGGCGCCGCCGAAGCUGCAGGUGCUGAGAGCCCGCGGGGGCCGCCGCAGCGGGCGGAGAGCAUGAGGAGCCGGUGUCUGUGUCAGAUCUGCACCUGCGGGCGACAUCACUGUCCACAUGGAACCACGAGAAUUUAUGAAAAUUCUGGCCAUUCUUGCCCUACAACUGAAUAUUUGGAAAAAUAUCCUACAUAUGGCAAUGUGCUUCCACCUCAGAGUCUUAAACCCAAGCAAGAAUUUCGAGCAUGCCGUGGCAAAAUGGAAGGAAUAACAACAUUUAAAUCGGAUUACCGUCCUUAUGAGAUAGUCAAACAGCCUCGCCCUGUACCAGAAGAAUACAAACCAAAACAGGGGGCGAUUGAUCUUGGUACUACCUACAAACGGGAUUUUAAUUCUUACAAAGUACAGCCUGUGGCCAUAGUCCGGCCUUUGGAAAGAAAACAAGUGAAACGAGGGAAGGUGGACACUGUCCCAACCUAUAAAGAUAAUUAUAGAGCUUGGGACAUUCAGAAAAUUGACCUUUAUAAACCAGAACAAACUUAUCAUCCCCCAACUGUGAAAUUUGGAAAUUCAACUACAUUUCAGGAUGAUUAUGUUCCUCAGGAGAUAAAGCCUAGGCAAAACUUUAAACCCAGCCCUGUGGCCAAAUGCUCUACAGUUCCUUUUAAUGGUGAUACAAGUCAUCGCCUUGAUUAUGUACCUUAUCAGCUAGAAUUCAAGUGUGCAAGGCCAAAAGAAGUGUACAAGCCAACCAGCCAACCCUUUGAGGAUCUCACAACUCACCGAUAUGACUUUCAGGGUCUUGUAGGUGAAACUGCAAAAAUCUGCAGACCUCCAUAUACCAGAGUGACCCAAAAUGCUCAUUUUGAAGGAAGUACUGAAUUCCGUGAAAGCUUUCAACCAUGGGAAAUUCCACCACCUGAAGUCAAGAAACUACAAGAGUAUGUCCCACCUACAGGUACCAUGCAGUUAAACAGCACAAGCCAUCUUGACUAUAUUCCCUAUCAGAUCAAACGUGUUGUUCCCAUCAGACCAGUUUCUCAGAGAAGAAUUAACAAUUUUCCUUUUCAAGGAAAAAGCACCACAAAGGAAGAUUUUCCAGCCUGGGAAUGCUGUCGUCAAGGUCUUAUUAAGCAGCAACAGCAGAUUCCCAACCCAUCUGGAAAAUUUGAUGGUUGGAGCACUUUCAGGUCUCACUAUGUGCCACAUGAGCUGGUCCCAACAGAGAGCUGCAAACCUGCACAUGCUUUGUUUAAGAGUUCUGCUCCAUUUGAUGACACAACCAUGUACUCUAUAGAGUACACACCAAAGAAACAGGAAAUCUGCCCUGCUAGCUAUCCUUCUCCUCCAGGGUAUAUCUUUGAAAAUACAAAUUCUCGAGGUCAUAAAUUCUUCCGCAAGAUCACACCCACAGUGGAGGCCUUCUGAUCAUCAACUCAUGUUUGAAAGGAAGCUAACAGAUAUUGGUUUUCUAUGGGCAAAGCCAACUUUUUUAGAGGGGGGGAGCAGAAGAGUGAGAGAGAGAACAGUAAGCAGGCUCCACAUCCAGCACACAGAGCCCAAUGCAGGGCUCGAUUUCACAACCCUGAAAUCACGACCUGAGCUGAAAUCAAGAGUUGGACACUUAACCGACUGAGCCACCCAGCCACCCCAAAGCCAUUUUGUUUUAGUAAAAAUUAUUUAUGGGAGAGCUAAAACAAAUCAUUUUUAAAUUUUGAACAACAAAAUUAGAAAAUUAAUUAUAGGAAAUAAAGACAUUAAAAUCCAUUUUUUAAGAUCAAUCCAUUGAUAUUUUUUUACCAAGAUUGUUCUUUAAUCUGUUAUUCUGAAAGUUGAAUAAUAGACAUUCAUUCCCAUCUGAAGUACUUUAAUUCCCAACAUACUAUUUGGUAGCUCGUCUCCAAUUGAUUAUCAUUUAUAACUAUGUUUUAAAGUAUGGCAACUACCUGGUUAUUUACGUACCAGUUGCCAAGUAUAAAACACGUUAGAACUAUAUAGGCACACCUCUGAAAAUGAUGCAUGGAUUCCCUCAUCCAAGACAAUGGCCUUCAUUUCCUCAGACAUCAGAGAGUAUCUAUGCACUGUACUUUGGUGGUGUUGAGGGUGAUUGCACUGUUCUUCACCACGUUCAAGGUCGUAAGAGAAACUGUGCUGUGACAAGCAAAGGCUCUGCGGGCUGGGAAUCAAGGCUCUGAGCAUGGGUUCCAGUGACAUCACCCUAGGCCAAUGACUCAUGUCUUUGAGCCCCAAUGUCUUCAUUUGUAAAAGGACACCUGCCCUGCUUAGUUCAGACAUUCUGUUUUGAGCAUCAGAUCAUAUGACUGACUCAUCGUAAGCUGAAAGUAAAAAUGCUGAACAAAUCUCAGGAAUUCUUAAUAAGUCCCUUAAUCUCUUUUUGAACUUGUUUUCUCCUUUUUCAAAUUAGGGUAAUUACCUACUCAAUACUCACUUUCGGGCCCAAGGCAAAGAUUGUAAAAUGACCAAAUUUGCUUUGAGCUUCUGAGUAGUUUGGUUCCUGGGAAGAGUCUUGUCCUCCAUAGUCAUGCAAGUGCCUGCAAGCUUCUUACAGAGAACAGAGAGUUUGGAUUAGGAGAAGAACAUGGUUUGAAAGACCUCAUUUACAAGAAGGAAAGAAGUAUUUGUGAGAAUAGUUUUAGGAAUGAUGGACAGCUCUGAAGAAUCCUCAGGGUGACCUCGGGUAAGGAUGCAUCUAAUUGCCAUGCCUAGAGUCAUUGUUCCGAAGCAGCACCAGGCUUACAAUGGGGCAUAAUCAUGUCCUUCUCCAGUCUGAGCUGAGUGCUAAGGUUGGAGGAAAAGCAUGAUGCCAGUAAGUGAAGGGGGAAGAACAUGUUGCAUUUAUAAAUGCUGAAAAUUUCCUAAUGAAUCAAACUCCUGUUUUGUUUUCUUUGAUAAAUGAUUGCAUUAUGAGAGAGG